UCUCUUGAAACCCCAGUUUGCUGUUCAGAGCUCUUAUUUCAACUUUCGUGACCAGUAACGCCACUCACUUUUCAGGUCGCAACUUUAGGCGACACAAGUCUCCAGCAGAAAUUUGCUGAGUGACACAGCCUGCUUCGUGAAGAUUAUUGAAGAAAUUUGCAACAUGGAACCCCAGCCAGAGUCCAACACCCCCAGCCCUGAAUCAGCUGCACCACAACCAGUGGAACAGGCCGCCGAAGCAGCCGAACCAGGUGAAGUCGCUGCUGAUACUGAAGACACUGCUGGUCUUGAAAAAGGAGCAGUUGCUGCUGUUGAAAACACAGCAGCCAUUGAAGGCUCAGCGGCUAUUGAAGGCACAGAAGGCGCUCCUUCCAAUACUCCUAGAGGCGAUUCCGUCGGGACAGCAGGAGACGAAGGGACAGCUAACGCCAAUCGCGGACAUUGGAGAGAGGAUGAGGUCGUGGAGCUUGUUAAAGCCCACGUCGAGCUGGAUCCCGAGUACCACAUCAUGCGGGGAGUCCAAGGCUCGAAUUACUACGGCGAAUUGUACCGAAUUCUGCGAGCGAAAUUUCCCGCGUUCCGCCACACGGAGGGGUCCGUGAAGACGAAGCUCUUCCGUCUGAAAGGACAAUACCUGCAGUUACGAGACCGGCUUGAACGGUCGGCUUCGGCUCCCCGAAAUCUUCCGGAAUGGUUCGUCCUCCUGGAUACUGUCAUGGUGAAAGAGUCUGGCAGUCGCCAGAAUGCGAUGGCGGCGAGCCAACCAGGAUCUCGUUUCACGAAUCCGUCGGCAAGCCCAGGUCGUAUGACGGCCCUCUUGACAAGUGCUGGAGAAGGGAAGAAGCUUCUCUCAGCCGAGACGCCAGCGUACGCGUUUCCCGUCACGCCAACAUGGCCAGACCCAGUAGGCCAAAGCGGCUCCAUGAGGAACACCAUGUUUCAAAAUGUGGCUUCAACACCGACAGCAGUUCCAGGAGGGCCAUCACCACUUCAACCGUUCACAGCCCCAGCAACAAUUUCUCCAUUUUCAGCUGGCGUAUCAGGGAAUUAUCUGGCGUCCUUGCGUAACACCACCACUCCUGUUCCCAUGCGCGACAAUAGCAGGCUGAGGAUGGGACCUGGUGGGUUGGGUGAUGCACGGAAAAGGCGGGGAUCGGGGGGAAGAGGGAUGGAUAAGUUAACAGGAGGUGCUGAGGCUUCCAUUGCAGCAGCUAUGAGUGAAAAGUUCACUGCUGCCAUGGGUGCUGCUGUGAGAAACGCAUGCUUCCAGUUUGAAGAGCUUACUCGAGAGGUGCUCGAGAAUGCAUGCUCUCAGUUUGAGGAGCUUUCCGGUCAAUUGGCUGAAAAUGCCUGUGCGCAGUUUGAAGACCUCGCAAGAGAGCUGGCUGGGUCGUUUGUGGCUGGGCAAGAAACCAAGCGACGUAGGAGGUAGCGACUUAGUUUGUUGGACGGCGAUCGUGGGGUAAAUGAAAUGGGGAGGAUGCAAGCAAGCAAACCUGAGAGUUGUUGAUGUCUGUUGAUGGCUGUGCUAUUGCAUGCUGACCAUUUCCCAGUGGCCUGCCUAGCUGAUCGUAAUUGCCUUUUGUCUUUGUUACAGUUGAUGAGUAGAAAU